UUUCCACACAGGUUCCAAAAGCAGAAACAGAAACAGAAGAAGCCAUCGAUGAGCAAUUCACGUUCCCCAUUCACCCGUACACAGGGUACAUUCGGAUACCUGGGAUCCUUCAACUUGAAUGACCAGGGCGAUUCCGGUUCCGAUUCCGGUUCCCCCGACAAGAAUGGACUCAAUGCGAUGCCCUUCCUAAAUAAUAUCCGCACCAGUCCGCUGCUGUCCCGCACAAUGGGUCGCACCGUCUUUCCCCCGAUGGGCGAUUCAGAUGGGUUCAAUGCUGUGCCACAAAUUGCGGCGAUGGGAAGCCAGCAGCCCAUGGGCAGCACCCAGUGGACAGGAGGAGCCAGAGCCAUGGCCAGCAAUUACUACGACCGUCGCUACGAGGGGCCCUACGAGGAGCACUACGAGGGGGCCUACUCGAUGCCCAACGAGAUGGAACAGGAGCCCUGCUCCUGUCAGAGCCAGAGCCCCAGUUCGUGCCAGAGCCCCAGUUCGGGGCCGAGCCAGCAGGACUUCAGUUCGGCAGACCAUAACGAAACGGACUCGGAAACGGAGGAGCUCUGCAGCCGCCGACCCGACACAGUCUCCCGUGGGGAACUUGCCACUGGUCUGCUGCUGUCCAAAUUGAAGCCGGAGCGUCGUGAGCGUUUGGUGGCAUCGUACAAACGCUGGACGGAGACGGCUGUGGUCAGGGCCAUGCUGCUGGUGCUGCAGCUGCUGGGCCACGUGCUGCUCUGGCUGACCACGAAGACCGUGGGCCUCACAGAAGUCGUCGGCUCGGUGCGCCUCCGGCUGGGGAACAGCAAGUUUAAGCUGCGCAACACCCAGCGCCAUUUGCUGUGGCGCAUGGCCAAUGCCCGGGGCCAUGAGACUCUCGUCUUUCUCACUGUGGCCCUGACCACGCCCUGGCUGUUCUGUCUCAGCCUCCUCGGCUUCACGUUGUCCAUGAUGGUGCUACUGAAGAAAACCGUCGAGGAGCUGAUAUUUCAGAUACGUCUGCGACUUUUAAUUUAGAGGUGGAGCAGAGCAAUACACUGAAA